AUGGCCGCGGCAGUCAUGCCCCAGCUCUCCAGAGUGUCGACCUCCUCGUCUUCAUCGCACCUUCCCAUCUCGCGGCAAAAUACUACGUCAUCCAGUGAUGGACGCAAUGCGCGACAGUCAAAGCGGUACUCCACCGCCUUGUACCUGUCAAUGUCUGCGACCAAAGAAAAGGAUCUUGAGAUAGAGGAUGACUUAGCAAGAGCUCAAAAAUUGCAGAGAGACUACAAGGCCAAGAUUUCGAGUCAAUCGAAGAAGAAUUUCGUGCUCGAGAAAGAUGUCAGGUAUCUUGAUUCCAGGAUAGCGCUGCUCAUACAAAAUCGGAUGGCAUUAGAAGAACAAAACGAGGUAGCAAGCCAUCUCGAAGACGCUUCGGACCUCCAAGAGGGCUUUUUCCCGAAUGACGAAAAAACUCAGAAAUACGGCAACCUGUUCUUCCUCCUCCAGACAGAGCCACGAUAUAUUGCACAUCUUUGCAGACUGGUGACAAUGGCGGAGAUUGACUCCCUCAUGCAGACAGUUAUGUUCACGAUCUACGGGAACCAGUACGAGAGUAGAGAAGAGCAUCUACUUCUGACCAUGUUUCAAUCUGUCUUGACCUACCAGUUUGACAACACCCCAGACUACUCAUCGUUGUUACGACAGAAUACUCCUGUGUCGAGGAUGAUGACAACAUACACAAGAAGAGGUCCUGGGCAGUCAUAUCUGAAAGUCGUUUUGCAAAGCACAAUCAACAAGCUUAUCCAGCAGGAAGAUGUCAACCUUGAGAUCAAUCCACUGAAAGUCUAUCAACAGAUGGUCGAACAAAUCGAAAAAGAUACUGGCUCUGUGCCCGAUCAUCUACCGAAGGGCGUGACGGCAGAGCAAGCUGAAGAAAACCAAGCUGUACAAGAAAUCAUCGCCCCUAGAGUCACCGAUCUCAUGAAUCUUGCCAACGUGUUUCUCGAUACGAUCAUCAACGGGCUUGAGGAAACCCCUUAUGGCAUUAGAUGGAUAUGUAAGCAAAUACGAAGCCUGACCAGACGCAAAUACCCGGAUGCCAACGAUCAAACUAUCUGUACGCUGAUUGGUGGCUUCUUCUUCCUCCGGUUCAUCAACCCUGCCAUCGUCACUCCCAAGUCUUACAUGCUUAUCGACGGCGUACCAGCUGAGAACCCGAAGCGGUCACUCACGUACAUUGCGAAGUUACUUCAGAACCUUGCCAACAAGCCAAGCUAUGCCAAAGAGCCAUACAUGAUCAAGCUGGCGCCUUUCAUCGAACAGAAUAAGGAACGUGUCAAUAAAUUCAUGCUCGACUUGUGCGAGGUCUCCGACUUUUACGAAAGCUUGGAGAUGGACAAUUACGUCGCGCUGUCGAAGAAAGAUCUCGACCUUUCGAUAUCUUUGAAUGAAGUCUAUGCCACACAUGCGCUGCUUGAAAAGCACAGCAAAGACCUCGCGAGGCAGGAUAACCCCCAUCUCGGUGUAUUGCUGCAAGAGCUCGGCUCUGCACCGGCCCAGCUGCCCCGUAAAGAAAAUCGUGUGAUCAACCUUCCCCUUUUCUCAAAAUGGGAACAUGCUAUAGAUGACUUUACGGCGGCCUUGGACAUCACACAGGAGGAAGUGUAUUUCAUGGAAGCCAAAGCUACCUUCGUCCAGAUUCUCCGCUCUAUUCCAGCAAACUCAAAUGUCCACCGUCGUCCGCUACGGCUCGAUCGUGUGGCUGAAGCAGCAGGUACAUCACGCAACGAUGCCAUCUUGGUCAAGAAAGGUAUUCGAUGCAUGGAAUUGCUCUCCCAGUUGCAGGAGAUGAGCGUGAUUGAUAAGUCGGACGGCUUUUCUCUUCUGCGCGAUGAAAUUGAAUCCGAACUUGCACAUCUCGGUUCGCUGAAGGAAAAGGUGAUUGACGAGACGAAGAAGCUAGAAGAGGUUUACCGUACAAUUCGUGAUCAUAACCACUACUUGGUUAACCAGCUUGAGACGUACAAGUCGUAUCUACACAAUGUACGAAGUCAAAGCGAAGGCCAAAGUCGAAAUCGCAAGCAGAAAGUGCAGGUGCUGGGACCUUACAAAUUUACUCAUCAGCAGCUGGAGAGGGAGGGUGUAAUACAAAGAAGCAACGUGCCAGAAAACAGGAGAGCAAAUAUCUUCUUCCACUUCACAAGUCCUUUACCGGGAACCUUUGUCAUAAGUCUUCACUACAAGGGGCGUAACCGUGGCCUGCUUGAGCUGGAUCUCAAGCUUGACGAUCUGCUUGAAAUGCAGAAAGACAAUCAGGAAGCCCUCGACCUAGAAUACGUGCAGUUCAACGUGCCGAAAGUGCUGGCUUUGCUCAACAAGCGCUUCGCAAGGAAGAAAGGUUGGUAA